AUGGUCAACAAUGGAGGUCAUCUGCACGAGAGCGUCCAAAUAGCCAAGGAUGAAAGCCGUGGUGUUCAUCUCCAAGUCAAGAAAGACUGGAAGGAUGCUGUCCCCACCGACACACACAUCAUCAAGACGCCCUUGGCUACUACGAUGUCUUAUUUCAAUGUUGUUAACCAGUCCACUCCCUCAAUCUCCUUUUCGGCGCAUGGCCUGCAUUUCCCACAGUCGUUUAUUGAUGCUGUCGGAGAAAAGGAAUCAACCAUCUUCUUCUUGAUUGGUCAGUAUCUUCGUGGCACUGAGGGCUUUUGGUACCCGUAUAUUCGAACAUUGCCUCAGCCUGGCUCUUUGACUACUCCUCCUUACUAUGAGGGAGAAGAUCUGCAGUGGUUGGAUGGUACUAGCUUGUUGGCGGCUAGGGAGAAGAGACUGGAGGUUCUGAAGGAGAAGUAUGAGAAGGGUUCGAUAGAGUUGCGCAAUGCUGGGUUCGAGGGUGCAGAUGCGUAUACAUGGGACCUCUAUCUCUGGGCAGCUUCGAUGUUCAUUUCGCGUGCCUUCUCGGCGAGGGUACUUUCUGGAGUCUUUCCUGAAACGGAACUGUCGGAGGAGAAGCUCUCUGUCCUUCUCCCCAUCAUCGAUAUGGGCAAUCAUCGACCGCUAGCCAAGGUGGAGUGGCGGGCUGGUAAGGACGAUGUUGCCUUUGUAGUCUUGGAAGACGUGUCGGCAGGCCAGGAGAUCAGCAACAAUUACGGCCCGCGGAAUAACGAGCAACUUAUGAUGAACUACGGUUUCUGCAUUCCCGGAAAUCCUUGCGACCACCGCAUUGUCAGUUUACGAGCACCGCCUGGAAGCCCCCUCUACAUGGCAAAGUCCCAUCAACUGCAGAUGUACCCUGACCUUGCUGUGGGGGAACCAGAAGAUCACUACUACGUCUUCAACGUGUUCUACCCUCUUCUCGCUCCCGACAUGUCAAUGGAGCAUUCCAUCUUCUCACCUGCCCUGCUUGACGCCGUGUCGGUUCUGGCUGCCAACAACCGGGAGCUGGAAACCCUCGAAAUCACCAACCAAGGCAUCAAGAUUCCAAACGUCUAUGGUAAUUCUAGGGCCCUACUUGCUGCCUUGAGUCAGGUUAUCAUUGAGGUCGUCACACAUGCUGCCAAGCUCAGGGCGUCAGGGGAAGAUCUUCAGACACCGACAAACCUCAAACAGACCCAUGCGAAAGUAUACCGAGACAGCCAGAUCAUGUUGUCUGAGACCGCUCUAGUUGUCGCAGCAUGGACACUGAACCGUGCGCGGCUACAUAACUUCACUGGGACCUGGGAGGAAACCAAGAGAGUCCUUGGGGCCCAUAUGGGCCGAAUCCCCACCGGAAAGUUCCCAGAAGAGGUGUACUCGCGGCUGCAGGUGCGGAUUUUGGAGCGGAAGUCUCUUCUUACAAACAACGGGGAGUUGUUCACCCUGGGUGAAUUGCCCGACCUUCUACCAACGGCGAUGCAGCAACCUUGCAAGGCCUGCUUCCAGGAUGUCUUGUCAGUUUCUGAAUCCGCCAUUCCAAUGCUAAGAGGAAGCGGUGGGUCAUCGCCAUUUGCCUUCCCGAUGUUCCUUUGCCUGGUUGCGGCAGCCCACACUGCUAGCAAAUCUGGUGCUUCCGAGGAAUUUAAGCCCUCCCCCAGACUGUCCCGAUGGGCGAGCUUCCUCCUGGAGAAUUACCCACCGCCCCCGAAUGAUGUGGCCUGGGCCUUGGAGGACGAGGAUGAUGAGCACAUCGUGAGUCUCUUUGACGAGACACUGGAGAAGAUGAGGUCACAGAACGCAGGUGUGUUUACCAGUUUGGCCCUGUACACGGGAGACUGGCAAAAAGACGAUUGGUGGCUGUCGCCCAAUUGGUUGCGAUGGGGAUGGAUGAUUGGGGAGCAGGAGUGUGUGCAGAUUCCUGACGAUCCACUGCAGUUGUUGGCGACUGGAAGUGGGGGUCAGGUGAGACUGACGACGGAGGAUUACCUAUAUGUGCCCGGGGAGGCAUAUGAGUAG